CGUCUGCGCCGGCUCUGGCUUCCAGCGCGCAGCGGCCGGGAAGUGGGAGCGAGAACAGAGGAGGCGGAGACUGCCGCGGCUCCAGCCGGGCCGCGCUCCGAGGCUAGGGGCUGCAUGGCGCGGCCAGCGCUGCUGGGCGAGCUGUUGGUGCGGCUACUGUGGACCGCCACCGUGGGCCAAGUUGCCGCGGCCACAGAAGUUCAGCCACCUGUGACGAAUUUGAGUGUCUCUGUCGAAAAUCUCUGCACAAUAAUAUGGACAUGGAAUCCUCCUGAGGGAGCCAGUCCAAAUUGCAGUCUCAGAUAUUUUAGUCACUUUGAUGACCAACAGGAUAAGAAAAUUGCUCCUGAAACUCGACGUGAAGAGGAAUUACCCCUAGAUGAGAAAAUAUGUCUGCAAGUGGGGUCCCAGUGUAGUGCCAAUGAAAGUGAGAAGCCUGGCCCUUUGGUGAAAAAGUGCAUCUCCCCACCUAAAGGUGAUCCUGAGUCCGCCGUGACUGACCUCAAGUGCAUUUGGCACAACCUGAGCUAUAUGAAGUGUUCCUGGCUCCCUGGAAGGAAUACAAGCCCUGACACAAACUAUACUCUUUACUAUUGGUACAGCAGCCUGGGGAAAAGUCUUCAUUGUGAAAACAUCCACAGAGAAGGUCAACGCAUUGCUUGUGCCUUUAAAUUGACUAAAGUGGAAUCUAGUUUUGAACAUCACAACAUUCAAAUAAUGGUCAAGGAUAAUGCUGGGAAAAUUAGGCCAUCCUGCAAAAUAGUGUCUUUAACUUCCUAUGUGAAACCUGAUCCUCCACAUAUUAAACAUCUUUUCCUCAAAAAUGGUGCCUUAUUUGUGCAGUGGAAGAAUCCUCAGAAUUUUAUUAGCAGAUGCUUAUCUUAUGAAGUGGAAAUCAAUAGUACUCAAAGGGACCAACAUACUGUUUUAGAGGUUGAAGAUGACAAAUGCCAGAAUUCUGAAUUUGAUAGAAACAUGGAGGGUGCAAGUUGUUUCGUAUUCCCUGGUGUUCUUGCUGACACUGUCUACACAGUCAGAGUAAGAGUCAAAACAAACAAGUUGUGCUUUGAUGACAACGACCUGUGGAGUGAUUGGAGCGAAGUGCAGAGUAUAGGAAAGGAGCAAAACUCCACCUUCUACACCACCAUGUUACUCAUCAUUCCAGUCUUUGUUGCAGUGGCAAUCGUAAUCCUCCUUUUUUACCUGAAAAGGCUUAAGAUCAUUAUAUUUCCUCCAAUUCCCGAUCCUGGCAAGAUUUUUAAAGAAAUGUUUGGAGACCAGAAUGACGAUACCCUGCAGUGGAAGAAGUAUGACAUCUAUGAGAAACAAUCCAAAGAAGAAACAGAUUCUGUAGUGCUGAUAGAAAACCUGAAGAAAGUGGCUCCUUGAUCUGGAUAAGUGAUUUCUUUUUUGCCUUCAAUGUGACCCUGUGAAGAUUUUUUGCAUUCUCCGUUUGUUAUCUGGGGACUUGUUAAAUAGAAACCGAAACUACUCUUGAAAAACACAGGCAGCUCCUAAGAGCCACAGGUCUUGAUGUGGCUCUCACAUUGAAAAUCCAAACCAAAGGGGCUCUUCAAGAAAAGCAGAGCUCUUCUUGUUCUUGUUCAAUCCUAAAAGCAGAUGUCCUUUGCCAAAUCUCCAAACUAGAGAACAAAGAAAAGGGGACAGUGACCAUCAAUUCAUCUUAUCAAGAAUUUUGGUGGCUUCCAAAGGAAUAUCUGCUUGCUCUGUAUUCUUUGUGUGGGAUAAUAUCAAGAAAUUUUUCUUGUGAGGAAAUUCACUUGGGGCAUGUACAUUAAUUCCUUACUAGAUUCCCACAGAACAUCUAGCAAACAAAACUGAUACAAUCUGCUGCCUAUUGUUUGGGAAAUCACAGAGUAAUGUUUGUGGCUAUUAAAAUGCACUAUCAUCAUCCAGUUCAAUAGCAUUUUCCUCUGCUUUGAAAUUCCCAGAAGUCAUCUUGGGCCAUGGUGAUGACACGUAUAGAAAAGCCACAGACAGCUUCUCUACCAAGGCUGAUUUAUGUCAUUGCCAGUCUUUUUAGGACAGUGGAGGCAGAAUGAGAUAGCAUUUGAGUUGGAACAAAUAAGUCUGUAAUGAUGUUUGCCCUCCUUUCAUUUCUGCUACUCAAGUUUUGACUAUGUAUCUAGCUUGUGCAAAACCCUUAAGUAUGAGGGAUGGGACCCCACCCAUGGGUUUAUAUAUAUUUGGGGCUCCUUAUUUUUUUAAAGCACUUUCUUUAUCUCCAGAUAGCUAUUUCCCAGACUUGUGAACUUCCCAUCUUCUAUGCUUACGUCCUGCUGUACCUAGUCCCCUAUCCUCUUUCUUGUAGCCUUUUGACUCUUGAAUUGAGGAUAGAAUUUCCCUUAGACUACCUAGUGGAGCAGGGGAUACUCUGCAUCUCAGGUUAAAAAAAAAUGAGUAGACUGAACAACAAUAUGUAAUUAAUACAUAUUUUGCAACUUCCCUGUGAGUCUGCAAUUAGUUGAGGUUUUUGAGCAAUUGGUGUUUCUGUGUGUUUUUUGAAAUAGAGAUGAUGUUUUUUUUCUACUUAGAAUUUAGCUCCAUUUGCUUGAGAAGGGGAAGGAGAUUCAUAUCUGUUUCUCUUUGUUUGCAAAAUAAGCCUUAGGAUGGCUGUUUUCUAUGCUGUAAAUGGUCCUAUUUUAUUGAGAGGGAGGCAAAAGGGGCUCCAACUAUGUAUAUGUAUGCAUAUAUUAGGUCUCCGAUUCUAUUCCAUUCCCACAAUAUAUGUAUAUAUAUAUAUAUGUAUAUAUAUAUAUAUAUGUAUAUAUAUAUAUAUAUAUACAUAUAUAUAUAUAUAUAUCCCCAUUCCUACCAUUUCUGCAAAUUUACAACAGUGAUAGGUACCCUCCUUCUCUUUCUCACACACACAGAUCACUAGCAAGGAGGAAAGAAUUUUAUAUCAAAAUUCUUCAGGCAUGUUCCAGUUCGUGUUAAUAAAAUGAUACUACUUGCAUUUCUUGUUCUUAAGCAGGGAAGAUAGGAGACCCUGCUCUCCACAGGUUGGGACAAAGGGGAAACUUGCUUCUGUGGUAGUAGAGGAGCAUUGUGCCUGGAAUUUCAGAAAUUCGAGCAUGGCAUGACUGAUGCACAAGUAUUUCCUCCCAGCACUUUUGGGUAUCAGAUUGCGGCUGGGAUACAGGCAUCCUAGGUGUUGCAGUUUCUCCUACUGUUCACUAGAAAGAAGACUUGGCUUUCUUGCAUAAGAGUGUAAUACUCCUUACCCAGGGUAUCAUAGUUUUGAGAAGGAAAGCACCUUAAAUGCCUUGCAUAGAACCAUUUUUUUUAACUACUGGCCUAUUUUGAUAGUGAUGAAGAGCAUGUUUUGAAAUGCUCUGGAAACCAUCCAUGCUGACAGUCUUGCAGCAUGGGAACAAAGAUAUCAUAUUUUGCUUCAAAUUCUCUUUUGGUAGAACAAUUUCAGGGGCGGGGGAAGAGGAUAGUUGUUUGUUUAACAAACAAAAGUAAUCACCAGGCCUUAGGAACUCUUAAAGAUAUCAGUACAUUGCUUAUUGGAACUUUGUAGGUUCAUAUAUUAUUUUGACUUAGGUAUAUGGAUUUCCCCACACACACUUACAUAAGUAAACCCAGGAGGACCAUUCCUUUUCUUUCAUUCAGAUAACCUUUUUCUGAAUCUGGGCACUGAAGGGAUGCAUAAAAUAAUGUUAAAUGUUUUCCGUAAUGUCUUCAACUAGAAGGCUUCCUGUUGAACUACUUAUAAGAAAGUAAAAUAAAUAUUGUCUUUUUGUAUGUCA